AUGGUUUAUGGCGAAUUUUUCCACAGACCUGGCAAAGAUGCAGAACUUAUCAAUUUGAAUGUGGGUGGCUUUAAGCAAUCAGUGGAUCAAAGCACUUUGCUCCGAUUUCCCCAUACCAGACUUGGGAAACUUCUCAAAUGCCAUUCAGAAGAGGCUAUUCUAGAACUGUGUGAUGAUUAUAGUGUUGCAGACAAGGAAUAUUACUUUGACAGGAAUCCUUCCUUGUUCCGAUAUGUUCUGAAUUUUUACUAUACAGGCAAGCUUCACUUUAUGGAAGAACUUUGUGUCUUUUCCUUCUGCCAGGAAAUAGAGUACUGGGGAAUGGGAAACUUCUCAAAUGCCAUUCAGAAGAGGCUAUUCUAGAACUCUGUUUUCUGCUGCAGCAAUCGGUACCAAGAAAGGAAAGAAGAAGGUCCUGGUAAAGACUGGGAUCAGAAGAGCAAUGACAGUAUAGACUCCUCUAAUGAAGAGUCAUCCAUAUUUGAUAAAGAGCUAGAAAAGUUUGACAGUCUUUGUUUUGGUGAAAUAAGAAAGAAGAUCUGGGUCAGAAUGGAAAAUCCUGGAUACUGCUUGUCUGCCAAGUUAAUUGCUGUGUCAUCCCUGAGCAUUGUCCUGGCAUCAAUCGUGGCCAUGUGCAUUCACAGCAUGCCAGAAUUUCAAAAGCUGGACGCCAAUGACAGGGAGAUUGAAAACCCCGCACUGGAAGCUGUGGAGAUUACAUGCAUCAUCUGGUUUACUGCUGAGCUAGUGAUCAGGCUCCUCACUGCUCCAAGUCAAAAGAAAUUCUGGAAGAAACCACUGAAUAUCAUUGAUUUUGUCUCUAUUAUCCCAUUUUAUGCCACACUGGCUGUGGACACAAAGGAAGAAGAAAGUGAAGAUAUUGAAAACAUGGGGAAAGUGGUUCAGAUCCUGCGGUUAAUGAGGAUAUUUCGCAUCCUGAAACUGGCCAGGCACUCUGUAGGACUGCGGUCUUUAGGUGCCACUUUGAGACAUAGCUAUCAAGAAGUUGGACUCCUGCUUUUGUUUUUGUCUGUGGGGAUUUCUAUUUUUUCAGUGCUUGUCUACUCAGUGGAGAAAGAUGAUGAUGACUCAGAACUGCAGAGCAUCCCUAUUUGCUGGUGGUGGGCAACCAUCAGCAUGACCACUGUUGGAUAUGGGGAUACUUAUCCAGUCACGCUCCCUGGAAAGCUGCUUGGCACCCUAUGCAUUAUCUGUGGGAUACUAGUGGUAGCACUUCCAAUCACCAUUAUUUUCAAUAAGUUUUCUAAAUACUAUCAAAAGCAAAAAGCUAUUGAUACAGACCAAUGCAACAAUGAUCACAAAGAGAAAUGUAAUGACCUACCCUAUUUUAACAUUAGGGAUAUUUAUGCAAAAAAGAUGCACUCCUUCAUUUCUAGCCUUUCUUCAGUAGGAAUUGUAGUCAGCGACCAAGACUCAACAGAUGCCUCCAGCAUCCAAGAUAUGGAGAAUGUUUAUAACACAAUAUCUUUAGAGCAUGGUACAGGAAAAUGA